AUGGAUCCUCCCGCGGGCUUGGUACGCGCUUGGAAUCCAGCUGUCGCCGCCCCUCCGAGACCCGGCCCCGAGGGCGCGCAGUCCCGGGCCGCCCACCACCCGGACAGCAUCGGCAGCCGCCGCCCCGGCAGAGCCCAGAGCCGCUCCCGCCCGCUCCGUACCCGGGCACCCCCCGAGAUGCCAGUCGACUUCACCGGGUACUGGAAGAUGCUGGCCAACGAGAAUUUCGAGGAGUACCUGCGCGCGCUGGAUGUGAAUGUGGCCCUGCGCAAAGUCGCCAACUUGCUGAAGCCAGACAAAGAGAUCGUGCAGGACGGCGACCAUAUGAUCAUUCGCACGCUGAGCACUUUUAGGAACUACAUCAUGGACUUCCAGGUUGGGAAGGAGUUUGAGGAGGAUCUGACGGGCAUAGAUGACCGCAAGUGCAUGACCACGGUGAGCUGGGACGGGGACAAGCUCCAGUGUGUGCAGAAGGGCGAGAAGGAGGGGCGUGGCUGGACCCAGUGGAUCGAGGGUGAUGAGUUGCACCUGGAAAUGAGAGUGCAGGGUGUGGUCUGCAAGCAAGUAUUUAAGAAGGUGCAGUGAGGCCCAGGCAGACGACCUUGUCUCAAGGAAUGAGUGGUGUGGACGUGCGAGCCAGGAUCCCCCUCCUUACAGAGUGUGGAGCAGAAAUGUCCAGCCGCCCCCAGGCAUCUGUUAGCAGAGCCUGUCUCUUGGCUUUGUCUCUUUUCUUUUUCUUAAAAUGGAGCCAUACCAAUAAAGUAAUCUCGGUUCAAAGCAUC